UUUUAAUUAAUGAACCCAACUUUCAAAUAAUCACAACAAAUAGAGAAUAGCAGUAACAUUAUGGGCAGUAGCGCUGGAUUCAAUAGAAAAAUCAAACUGGCUUCGUAAAGACCUGGCAGCAGAGACUAAAAACUAAAAACUGGAGAAAUGUAAUUUGAAAAUGUUUACUUUAAUAGAUUUCCCUAAUUCUAAGACCCACUAGCCACCAAUCCCUUUAAUUUGCAGAGUCUUAACCUUUAUUAAGACGAAAAUACUUUUAUUACAACUAUGAAAGCAGAACUUCUUUAAAUGCAGGAAGGAAUCAAUAAAUUAGAUUUUGAUGGACGAGUACUAAUAAACAAUUCAAUUUUAGAUUCGAAAUAACGAUCCAAGACAAGAAUAUAGGUUACAAUAAGUGAAAAAGUGGGUUGCUUAAAAUUCUUAAUCUAAAUUAGCACUUGAAAAAUUAAACAAUAUUGAGAUCUCAUAACUUCUUACUGUAUUAGAUGUUCAAACUUUAGAGUAAUGAUUGUAAUAUUAUUUAAGGGAAGCUAUUGUUAAACUCUAUAAAUUCAUAUCGAUCAUGGAUAGUGUAAUUAUGAAAGUUACAGAGUACUAGGCAAUUCAUUUGAUCAAAUUUGAUGAAUUGUUUAGUUCAUUGUGUCCCAAUUAUUAGGAAAAUUUACAAUAAAUAUCUGUUUUGAAAUUUCCAAUUACUAUUGCCAAUAUAAACCGCAUGACUGAAUUAUAUUAAGUUAAAUAAGAUAAAACUUAACCAUAAAAGUUAACAAAUGAUAAUAGCAAUAACUAGGUAUUUCUCAAAUAAAUUAAACAAAAAGAUGAUUAAAUUAGCGAAUUAAAUAAAACAAUUAAGCAAUUAUAAUUACAAUUGUAAGCAAGUGUGAAAGGAAAUAAUAAUAAUAAUAAUAAUAAUAAUAAUAAUAAUAAUACUAAUAAUAAUAAUAAUACUAAUAACAAUAAUAAUAGCAGUAAAAACGAAAAUUCUUAAGAACAAAUUGAAUAAAUUAGAAAUGAAUAUGAAAUUGCAUUGCAGAAACAAUCUGAGACUUUAAAUUUAAAACAUGAAAAAGAGAUAGAGAUGUUUUAAACUUAGAUUGAAUAGUUUUAGAAAUAAUUUGUAUAAUUAAAAAAUCAUUAUGAAAAAUAAUUAUCUGAGUUAGUAUCAGAAAAAUAAUAAGAAUAACUAAACAUAAAAUCUUAAUAUGAAGAUAAAUUACAAUAAUAAUAAUAAUUGUUCUAAUAAUAAUAGUAAUAAUAAUAAUAAUAAUAAUAAUAAUAAUAAUAAUAAUAAUAAUAAUAAUAACAAUAAUAAUAAUCAACUUAAAUUCAAACUUAAACUAAUACAUAAUAAUAAUCAAAUGGAAAUGCUAAAGAUCAUAAUUAUUAUCAAAAGAUUUUGGACAAAGCACAACAAGAGUAUAAUGAAAGAUAUAAGUUUUUAGAAAAUGUAAUCUUAUCUUUACAAUAUAGGAUUUAAUCAAAUUAAGGAAUUAAUUGACGGAAAAAUAAACCAUAAUUGAAAGUCUAUAAAGAGAAGUUCAGCAAUGGAAAGAAACAAUUGAUAGAUUAAAUAAAGUUAAGGUAAUUUGAAUAACUUAAUUUAGGACGAUAUCUAUUAACAAUUUUAAAAGCGAUACACUACAUAAGAGCAAUUUUCAAAUUCAUAUGAGGCAGCAUUAAAAUUGGAAUUUGAAACCAUGAAAAAAGCAUUUGAAUAAAAAAUACAAAAAUACUAAUAGGAUUUGGAAUCUCAAAGAAGAGAAGCAGGGAGAUCUCUAAAUGAAAUACGAGUGUAGUUGGAAAGAGAGCAAGAAACAAAAAAAUUAUUAUUGAAUAAACUUAGUUUAUAUAGUUGA